AGUAGUAAUUUGUUGUAUUUUUGCCGUGCCCGUGCGUCGUUCGCAGCUGUAGUUGUCGCCUGUCGAACAACCCCCGUCCCGCGGCUCAUCCAAGAUUCGUAUCUUUUCCGACAGACCACCCUCCCCCGACCGCUACGCGACAAUUUCGUUUUUACUCUUUACUUUUUGAGUGAUAAUAAUAUAAUAUCGUUGUACGUCGUCGGUCCGUCGGUCGCGUUUUUCUCAAACAACCAAAUUUAAUGCGUUAUUAAUUAUUAUUCGUAAUAGUAUCCGGUCGGGCGCGAUAAGCGUGUAAGAUUUUUAAAGAAAAUCCGUGAUUAUAAACACUCGGACUCUCACACAGUCACACGUACACUGUCGCGCGCGCACGCUCAGGCACACUGCAGAUAAUAAUAUUACGUCGUGAUUAAUAAUAAAAAUCUAGGUAGUGCGAGACGCGAGUGGUUUUUUGUUAUUAAUUAUUUCUCAUCGCUUCGUCAGUGUGAUACCAGGUCGUGUCGUUGCUGUUUCGCGUUUGCGUAUUCGCUUGCCCCGUGUGACGCAAUCGGCCGAGCAUUUUCUCUACGUCGCCGCUGAUACGAUUUCGCGAACAUUCGUUGCUGACGAGUUAUUUUAUUUUUCUUCCUUCCCCGACUGGAUUCCCGGCUACACGAGACUACCGACGACGAUCAUGUCGCUGAACACUGCUCACGUCCAAGGCGGUGGUUGCCUAAUACACGCAGGCGAAUGUAUUAUUUUGUUUACUGAUGCUGUUACAAUUGACUUUCAUGGCCAGGAUGGCAGAGCAUUUCAUGGUUCAAAAGUGGGAAAACUAUUUUUAACUACUCAUCGUUUGAUUUUCAUCAACAAAUCUGAUAAAGACGAGCUUUUAUCAUUUAGUAUGCCAUUUGUUACUCUUAAAGAUGUGGAAUUGGAACAACCAGUAUUUGGAUCAAAUUAUAUAAAAGGUAAGGUACGUGCUCAACCUAACGGAAACUGGGUCGGUGAAGCAAAAUUCAAAUUGAUUUUUAAGAAGGGAGGUGCUAUUGAUUUUGGAAGAGCUAUGCUUAGAGCCGCAUCAAUGGCUAAUAGUAACUAUCCUCAAAUGGAUAAUCCACCAGCCUAUGCACCACCUGAAGGUCCAUACUAUAUGGCUGAUGUUCCAUACGGUGUACCUCCUCCUGGCUAUUAUGGAUGGAUGCCUUCAACUGCAGCUUUUCCAGAUGCACCACCUCCUCAAUCUGUCUAUAGAACUGAUAUGCCUCCACCAUAUCCCGGUAUUAUUGGUUUCACUGGUAAUCCAGGUUAUGCAAGCGCUCCACCUGCACAAACAGCUCCACCUCCACAACUUUUUAACGGACAAGAUGCAAAAGCAGCAGAAGCAGCACAAAGUGCAUACUUUGAUCCCAACCGACCACAAAUGGCUUAUGUUCCACCACCAUCAUACUAUGAACUCCCUCCACCUUACAAAGAAGCUGAAAAUAAGAAGAAUGAUUAAAAUUACAAAAAAAAAAAAAAAAAAACAAAAACAUGUUUAUGUCUACAUUCCAUUGAUUGUUUUGUAUAAUUUUAUUGUUUUUUUUUUAAGUGGUAUUGAAAUAUGCAAGGAUCUUUAAAAAUGUGAUUGUAUUGCAUGAUUUCAACAGUUUAUUUAUCUUAGUCAAUAUGGGGAUAAUUACCAUCACAUUUAAUCAUACAUUAGAAAUCGCUCAUAAUUUUUUUUUUUUAAUUGUUUUUAUAAUAUGAUGCUAGAUACUUAACAAAAGUAGUAAAAAUAUCAAAGAAAAGAUUGAAAGUUAUGCUUUAAAAUCUCAUGUGUUUCUGAGUUAGACAUUAAUUUAGUACUUAUUUAAAACAUACUUUUAGUCAAUGUAAUGUCUUUAUUUGUGUAUUCCAAGUAUGUCAUCUCCAUGUUAACACAUUAUUAUCAAUAAUUUUCAUAUUAUACUACGUCCACUAUGUGUGCUGUUAUAUUCACUAUUAAGAGAAACUCAUACUAAUUGUUGUUCUUGUAAAUAUUUUUCAUUAAAUAUGUGUUUUUACAAAUUCUGUUGAAUAAUUUUAGAUUUCAUCGAUUUCUUACAAUAUUUUUCUUCUGUCGUGCAAGAGAUAUUUAUUGUAUUUUACCUAUGGGCGAUUUCUAUUAUAUCUACAUGGUUAUUUUAUUCAAAUAUUAAUAUAUUAUACUAUUUUUAUACGCUUAUUUUUGUUUCAUUUCCUUUAGUUAUAGAAAAAAAAAACAUAUUCUUCAUAAUAAAAAUUAACUGAAAUAUUUUAGUUUUAUUUCACAUUGUAAAUUAUUUUCUUAUGUGAUUUUGGUGUACAAGGUAACUAUUGAGCAUUAUUACAAUAAUAAUAAUUUACCUCGUGGCUGCGGUGCUGUUGGAAUUACACGUUAAAUUCCUAACAAGGCAACAAAUGAAGAAAUUUAUUUAAUUAAUAUUAUAAUUAUUAUAUUUUGAAAAGUUAUAUUUUAUUAUACAAUAAUAUAUAAAUAUAAAUAUAAUAUAUAGAAGCAAAUGUACUGAUUGGAUUAAUAUAAAAAAUAUUUUCCUUUAUCUUUUUGAGUUGUAUGCGUGUAGUAAAUUAUGUUAUCAUAAAUUUAUAGAUGCCGUACUGUCGGGGCUGGCUAAAGCUAUGGGCGACCUAGGCGACUGCUCAGGGUGCCAGCAUGGAAGUGGCGCCAAAUUGAAAAUUAUUUUUUAUUUCUUUUGUCUUUUAAUACGUAUUAACAAUCUACACAAUUUUAAAUAUUCAUUAUCUAAUGUCAUAUUAAUUAUCUUGUUUUUGUAUAAUGAACUAGUUUUAAUAUUAAUUAUAGUUAUAAGUAUCAAAUUUAAAAUUACUAUUUUUUUUAUUUUAUUCUUUUACACAAUGUGGAAAUUUUAUAAAUUAAUAACCUUGUUAUAAUAUUGUAUGAUCAGGUAAUAAAGUUUAAAGUUAUAAUACAAAAAUUAUACAUACCUA